AUGCAAGACGAAAAUUUGAACGACAGCCCGAGCAGAGCUUCUGCUUCUGGAUCAGAUGAGAAGUAUUCGGAGUUCACUGAUCAGAUUGACAUAUACACUCUCCAUGAGCUGCAUGCCGGUCGAUUGAUUCUUGAUCCCCUAGAAGCAAAGAAGGAACUCGGUGAUUCAGUUGCUGCGAAGUUGAAAUUGACAAAAGAUGGAAGAUAUGUGUUAUGGCCUCAACCAACGGAUGACCCAGAGGAUCCUCAGAACUGGAGCGAUAGGAAAAAGAACUUCCAGCUCUUCAUUGUCAUCUUGGCGUCUAUUAUCCCGGACUUUGACAACGGAAUUGGAUGGGGUGGUAUCUUCUUCGUGAUGUUGAUGCGAAGGUAUGGGCGACUUGCGACACUGUUCUGGACACAGCUUAUUGCCCUCGGUCUCCUUGCGGGAGCAACCUUCGCCCCAACCUUGCAAGUUUUCGCAGCCAUGCGUUCUCUCACCGCUUUCUUCGGAACCUGUCCUCAGGUCACGGGGCUAUACACCAUAACGGACUUGUUCCCUUUCCAUCUACAAGCUCGGAAGAUAAAUUAUUGGACAAUGGCAGUUGUUUUGUCUCCUCAUUUAUCACCAUUCCUUUUUGGCUUUCUCGACGCACGAACAACAUGGAGGUGGGCAUACGGAGUCGGGUGCCUAUACGGCUUAGCAGUUCUGAUACUGAUUGCCCUCUUCCUUGAUGAAUCCUUAUAUCAUCGGAAAGCUUACUCCGCUGACCAUCCACCUGUUCACCGUCGAAAAGGAUCAAUAGUUCAAAGAGUGAAAGACGUCGUCGGUAUAACGGGUGUACGGCAGGCCAGGUCAGAUCCUCCGUGGUCAGACAUCUGCACCGCCAUUCUCAAGAUUGCUUGGAGACCACAUCUAUUUCUGAUUCUUUUCUUUGAGGCGUUCGUCUUUGGAUUCAGCAUCGGUAUCAAUGUCACUAUUACCGUAUUCUUCCAGACUCCACCGCCUUUUGGAUUUGGCUUCAGCCAAACUACCGUGUCUGCAAUAUAUGCUACACCAGUGGUUGCAGUCUUCAUCGGUGAACUAUUGGGAAGAUACCUUAAUGAUUGGUUCAUGAGGCGUGAAAUCAAACGCAAUAACGGGGUGUUUGAGGCAGAAACGCGACUAUGGUAUCUUCACCUUCUACUCUACUGGCAAUUUCCCGCGGCUUACAUUUUGAACUAG